UGUGGGAGAGGAUACCGGCGGAAAGCUUCUCGAAGGAACCGCAAAGAUGAUGCCCACACCGGUUAUCCUGCUGAAGGAAGGGACAGACUCGUCCCAGGGCAUUCCCCAGCUCAUCAGCAACAUCAAUGCCUGCCAGGUGAUUGCUGAGGCUGUCAGGACCACCCUGGGGCCCAGGGGCAUGGACAAACUGAUGGUGGACAACAGAGGAAAGGCCACAAUUUCAAACGAUGGAGCCACCAUCCUGAAAUUGCUGGAUGUGGUGCACCCUGCGGCCAAGACUCUGGUGGACAUUGCCCGCUCCCAGGAUGCUGAGGUUGGAGACGGCACCACAUCAGUCACACUCCUGGCUGCCGAGUUCCUGAAGCAGCUGAAGCCGUACGUGGAGGAGGGUCUCCACCCUCAGACCAUCAUCAGAGCCUUCCGCUCCGCCACCAACCUUGCCGUUAAGAAGAUCAAAGAAAUCGCAGUCCCUGUCAAGAAAGACGACAAGCAAGAGCAGAGGCAGCUGUUGGAGAAAUGUGCAGCUACGGCCAUGAACUCCAAGCUGAUUGCUGGUCAGAAGGACUUCUUCUCCAAAAUGGUGGUAGAUGCCGUCAUGUCUCUGGAUGAGCUGCUGUCUUUGAAGAUGAUCGGCAUCAAGAAGGUCCAGGGAGGAGGCCUCGCGGAUUCCCAGCUGGUGUCUGGUGUUGCCUUCAAGAAGACCUUCUCCUACGCUGGCUUUGAGAUGCAGCCCAAGCGCUACGAGAAACCCAGGAUCGCCCUGCUCAACGUGGAGCUGGAGUUGAAGGCUGAGAAGGACAACGCCGAAGUCCGCGUGAAAUCGGUGGAGGACUACCAGGCCAUUGUGGAUGCAGAGUGGAAUAUCCUCUACGACAAACUGGAGAAGAUUUAUCAGUCGGGAGCCAAGGUGGUUUUGUCCAAGUUGCCCAUCGGGGAUGUGGCCACGCAGUACUUUGCCGACAGAGACCUGUUCUGCGCCGGCAGAGUGCAGGAGGAAGAUCUGAAGAGGACCAUGAUGGCCUGUGGAGGCUCCAUCCAGACGUCUGUAGGAGCCCUCACGGACGACGUCCUCGGACUGUGUGAACUGUUUGAAGAGGUCCAGGUGGGAGGAGAGAGGUACAACUUCUUCAAGGGCUGCCCGAAGGCUAAAACGUGCACCAUCAUCCUGAGAGGUGGAGCGGAGCAGUUCACAGAAGAGACGGAGCGAUCGCUGCACGAUGCCAUCAUGAUCGUGCGCAGAGCCAUCAAGAACGACUCCAUCGUAGCAGGCGGCGGAGCCAUAGAGAUGGAGCUGUCCAAGUACCUGAGGGAUUACUCCCGGACCAUCCCUGGGAAGCAGCAGCUGCUGAUCGGAGCGUACGCCAAGGCCCUGGAGAUCAUCCCCAGGCAGCUGUGCGACAACGCCGGCUUCGACGCCACCAACAUCCUCAACAAACUGCGUGCAAAACACGCACAGGGCGGCAUGUGGUACGGUGUCGACAUCAACAACGAGGACAUCGCAGACAACUUCAAGGCCUGCGUCUGGGAGCCGUCCAUCGUGCGCAUCAACGCUCUGACGGCGGCGUCGGAGGCGGCCUGUCUCAUCCUGUCGGUGGACGAGACCAUCAAGAAUCCCCGCAGCAGCAUGGACGGGCCUCCGGGCGGCGGCCGGGGCCGAGGCCGCGGGAGACCCCACGCUCACUAACGGAGCAGGGAGUGGCCUUUAAAUCCAAAUGCUGCAUUUAGCUUUGUUUGAAUAUCUGCAUUUGGAUUUAAAUUGUCCGUCUUGUACGUGGAUCCUGGAUCAUGGCAGGUGUAGAUUGUUACACAAGGGGAGCAGUUCAUAAACAAAUUGAAGCCAGAUUCCGUGGACUUUUUUUUUGUAUUUUCAGUUUCCUUGCCUGUAGUUCUUCCUUACUGAAGCUUUCACCGGCCGACUUCUGUUUUAACAUUUCAAGCACUGCGUCUCUCCGCCACCUCAGAGAGACGCUCGUGAGGUCUGAGCGAGCGACGUUACGUUCUGCCGUUGACUUCAGACGGCUGUCUCUGACCUGACGGUGUGGCUCAGUUACUUCAACUCUUGUUAAGUGUGGAAAAUAAAGCACUGAUAAACCCCAACCAUCUGCUGGUACCGCUGUCUCACUAUUGUGUAUUUAUUGGACCGUUCUUAUAAAUAAAGUCACAGCUGAAAUCACA